AUGGGUGAAGAAGGUGGUUGAAGAUGCAAAAAGUGUCACCAAAUUCAUCUACAACCAUACUUGGGUGCUUGCUUUGAUGAGAAAAUACACAAAUGGCAAGGACCUUGUGCGACCUGGAGUGACACGAUUUGCUAGCCACUUCAUCACUUUGCAGAGCAUUCUUAGUGCCAUUCCUCAUCUUAAGCAGAUGUUUGUGUCAGAUGCUUGGUUGGGGUCUGCAUACUCCAAAAGACCUGAAGCAGAGAAGAUUGUGACCAUUGUUUUUGAUGAAGGGUUCAAUAAAAGUGGAGAGGAGUUGACUGCGGUGACAGAACCUUUGGUGAGGGUUCUUCGUAUGGUGGAUGGAGAGGGCAUGCCAAUGGGUUUCAUUUAUGAGGCCAUGGAUAGGGCCAAAGAGGCCAUUUCACAUUACUAUCGUGGAAAUGCAAGAAAAUGUGAAAUCUUUUGGCACAUCAUUGAUCGUAGGUGGACAAACCAACUCCACCAACCGAUACAUGCCUUCGCCUACUUUUUGAACCCGAAAUUCUACUUCUCUGAUUCAUUUAGGGCUGAUGAGGAGGUCAUGGCAGGUGUUAUUACAUGCAUUGAUAAGAUGACCCCUGAUCCUGAGUUGAGAGACAAGGUUCUUGAUGAGUUGGAGAUCUACAAAAGUGCAGAGGGGAGACUCUUCUCAUCACAACUAGCAAUUGAUAGGAGAGGAAAACAACAACCAGAUUUAUGGUGGGAGAAUUAUGGUGCCGGCACGCCUAAUCUUCAAAAGAUAGCUAUCCGUGUUUUGUCUCAGCCAUGCAGUGCUUCUGGGUGUGAACGAAAUUGGAGUGUCUUUGAAAGCAUUCACACAAAGAAGAGAAAUAGAUUGUCACAAAAGCGGCUCAAUGAUCUAGUAUUUGUUCGGUACAACCUUCGCCUUCGAGUUAGACAGGUGGAGGGUGUUUCACAUGAGGCCAUUGACUUGGAUGAAAUUGAUCCAUAUGGUGAUUGGACCAUGAAUGAACAAAAUGAUGGUGAUGAUGUCCUCCUUACCGAAGAAGAAAUUGCAGAAAUAGAGAGAGGAGCAGCACAAGAUGCAGAAGGAGCAAGAUUGGAUGAAGAUGAGGACGAAGAUGAGGAUGAUGAUGAGGACUAUGACUUUGAAGAAGAAUCAUCUCACCAUUUAGAUACCACAACACCCACUGCUACUACUUCUAGCUCAAGGCCUGAAAAAUUGAGCUAUAUUAGGAAAAAUACAAAGAGGAAGAUGUAGUCUUCUCUUUGGUUUGUUCAUUCACAUUGCUGUUUUUCACAUUUGCAGUUGGAC